ACGCAUCGAGCAGGAGUUAUCUUGCAAGUACUGAGAGAUCUAGAAGAGCGAAAAACUCCGCAACAAUGGUCCUCUCAGCAGCCAACAAACAAGUGAUCCAUCAGCUCGCUGAAACCCUACACGCAAAUGCUGCAGUUUUGGGUGCAGAUGCUUUAGCCAGGCUGUUUGAGCUCCAUCCUCAAACCAAGACAUACUUCAAGGGUUUUGCUGGCUACCAUGCCACUGAUCCUCAGGUCAUAGCUCAUGGCACCAAGGUAAUCGAGGCCUUGGCAAAGGCAGCUGACCACUUGGACAACCUGCCCAAACACCUGGAGAAGCUGGCCAAAAAACAUGGUACUGAACUCCUUGUGGAUCCUCACAACUUUGUGCUGUUUUCAGACAUCAUUGUGGUCACCUUGGCCAUUCAUCUGCCUUCGUUCACCCCUGCAACUCAUACUGCCAUCGACAAAUUCCUUGAGGAAGUUGCACAUCAAUUGAGCUCCGAGUACCGCUGAAGAUGCAGUCAAACAACUAUGGUGGAAAACAGCAAGAUCAUCAUUCGAAUCCCCACCUGCCUGUUUUCUCAAAAUGCUGGCUAAUAAAAUCAUUAUUCCUUUGAAUGCAUAUAUUGCGUUUGCUUUUGCUCCCUCGCUUUAAUCAAUUUUACAUGUUGUCAAUAGUGAACUUUGGCAUAAUUUGUAAAACUGAGCUAAAUAAACAUUCACUUCCAUC